AUGAAGUCAUUCUACAAUUUACCUUCAUUGACGCAUACCUCCAAACAUUAUGGUCUCCUCGACAAUCGUGAGCGCUUUAGCUCUUAUCUCGAGCUAUUCGCUGGUCGAAGCCCAAAAACUGUUAUGCCACUUCCAUUUGAUGGCCGUGCGCAAGACCUGACCGUUGAAACGAUCACUGAGAAGUACGCAACGCAUAUUUUCACCAUGCGAAACGACUCUUCAUUAGCGGUCAAAGAUUACGUGACAAUUGACCAAAAGGGACGUCAACCUGCGUACAAUGGUGACACGGGCGUCAUAAAUAUUGGAGUGGACAAAAAUGCAAUCUUCAAAGCACAAAUGAACUUCCGUCGCUCGGAAUUAGUACAAUUUGUCGCGGCUAAUACGACGGGUACAACGUUCUUCCGCACCAGCUUUAUGAAGAAAGAAGCGUUUUUAAACCCGUACCAAUGGCAGCUCGUUUUCGACGAAAUGCACUUUUUUGAGAUGCGUGUGGAUGCGUCAGUCUCUCCACCAAAGCUCAUCUAUUUGUGCGGUGGCACUUGGGAGCCAAAGUGGAGCACCACGUUUGUACCCGGUACGUGGUAUAACUUUGGCAUCGCUCUAUCGCCUGGGUCGUCGGGCAAGGGCCAUGAAGUUAAAUUUUACGUGAGCAAGGGUAAGAGACAGCUCAAACUCAAGAGAACCCAUACUUUUGACAAAGACCUCCCGGAAGACUUUGAAUUCCACUUUGGUAUGUUGACUUUGUCGGAUGACGGUAGCGAGCCAAAGAUGAACCCAAAAAAGGACAUUGUGUCCUACAACGGUGUGACUGUUACGGCUGACGUUCCGGCUGUGGCCGGGGGUCUUUCUUGUUCGUAA